CAUGUUCUUUAAUUCUUCCCCACAACCACGUCAAACAAUGUCUCAUUUUUCUUUUUUCUAAUUUUUAAUGUCCUCCUUAAUUAAUCCCACGGAUAGAUUGAAAACUUCCGCACAUAGCGCAUGAUUAGUUGCCAUUUUAUAAUAAAACCAAAGAUCGAUUUCUCAGUCCUUUCAAUAAUAAUUUUUUAUUUAUUAUCUAAUUUGAUAUGACACGGCCUUCCAAGUUUUGGCUUUGGCUCCUAGAUAAAUAUCAAGCAUUGUGGUAGGCCUUCAUAUCAUAAAUUGGCAGCCACCAGACAGGUACCCCCACUUCACCAGUAUACAAAAACCAUACCAAAAAAAGAGAGUUGGCCUAAAAUUUCUGCAAAGGAUUGUGAUCAGAGAUGGAGGAUUUGAUGGGAUUGUUGAGAAUUCAUGUGCAGAGAGGGGUGAAUCUUGCUGUGAGAGAUGUUGUAAGCAGUGACCCUUACGUUGUUGUCAGGAUGGGAAAACAGAAAUUAAAGACUCGUGUCAUAAAGAAGAAUAUCAAUCCAGAGUGGAAUGAUGAUUUAACUCUUUCUAUUGCAGACCCCAGUCUUCCAGUUAAGCUUGCAGUAUAUGAUAAAGACACAUUCAGUUUCGAUGAUAAAAUGGGGGAUGCAGAAUUUGAAAUUGGUCCAUUUAUAGAAGCUGUAAAGAUGCACUUGGAAGGUCUCCCGAGUGGAACUGUAAUCAAGAAAAUACAGCCGAGCAGGCAAAACUGUCUAUCCGAAGACAGUUGCAUUAUUUGGAGCAAUGACAAAGUUGUUCAAAACAUGUUCUUGAGGCUGAGAAAUGUGGAGAGUGGUGAAGUUGAGCUUCAACUGCAAUGGAUCCAUGUUCCUGGUUCCCGAGGACUUUAAAUAAUUACUUGAUUAAUUUCAGUUGUUUUAUAUUUUCUUCCUUGUACAAAGCCCAAGCGAGUGUGCAUGGUAGAUUUUCAGAGUGUCAUAACGUGGCACCAUAUAUGGGAGAGUUUCUUCUCUGUUCAUAUAUUCCAGAAACAGGGUGAUAAUUAUAUAUAUUUACUUAUUUAGCUGAAUUUGUUGUCCUA